AGGCGAGUCCUUGCCCGGAAGGGAACCGCCCCGGGGCUGCUUCGGGAAGCGGAGAAACGAAACCAAACCAGCCAGCGGGGAAUCGAAACCAGCUCCCUUCUUCGUCCUCCACUUCCUCCUCCUCCCGCCCCAUUGCGGAGGCUGCAGCCAUGGCCGAGGAGGGUCCCAUCCGGGAGCUCUGCCAGGAAUCCACUUGCUCCAUCUGCCUGGACUUGUUCAGGGAUCCCGUCCUGAUCCCCGGGUGCGGCCACAGCUUCUGCCGGGCCUGCCUGACCCAGAGCUGGGGGGAGCCGGCGGGGGCGGACACCUCCUGCCCCCAGUGCAGAGGGCCGGCGCGGGAAGGGGACCUCCGGCCCAACCAGCACCUGGCCAACAUCGUGCAGGUAACCCGGAAGCUGCGUCCGGAGAAGGGCCCGGAAGAGGCAGCAGGUGAGAAGGAGGCCGGAGGGGAGGGGGGCGUCUGCCAGCUGCACCAGGAGCCCCUGGAGCUGUUCUGCCGGGAGGACGAAGCCCCCCUCUGCCUGGUCUGCAGCAGAUCCCAGGAGCACAGAGAUCACCAGGUGAUCCCCCUGGAGGAGGCAGCCGGAGAGGAGAAGCCACCUAUUGCAGCCAAGAAGGAGAGAGUGUGCCAGAAGCACCAGAAGCCGCUGAAACUCUUCUGCAGGGACGACGAAGCCCCCAUCUGUGUGGCCUGUGACCGGUCCGGGGAGCACCAAUAUCACAAAAUCGUUCCUGCGGAGGAGGCUUCUCAAGAGUACAAGGAUCAAUUCUGCAAAUGUCUGGAGAUUCUGCGGAAGAAGAGAAAAGCAAUUCUGGUGUAUGAAGCCCACAUAACGGAGGAAAGCCAAGACCAGCUCAAGCGAACCAAAGAAAUGCAGCAGAAGACGGUGGCCAAGUUCAGGCAACUGCAUAAGUUUCUGGAGGAAGAAGAGAAACUUCUUUUGGCCCGGAUGGAAGAGGUGGAGAGGGAGAUAGCAGAGACAAGGGACCAGCACCUGGCCAGAUUCUCUGAGGAACUCUCUUCCCUUGAAAGCCUCAUCCGGGAGAUGGAGGAGAAGUGUCAGCAGCCAACAGGUGAACUCCUGUGGGAUACCAGGAGCACCUUGCAGAGGUAUGAAGAGAAGGCAGAGUUUAAGUUUUUAAUGCCUACACAGAAGUGGCCCAUCUGGGACGUCCCGGAUUUAAAUUCUAUUUUGAAGGUUAUCAAGAAGCAAACCCAAGACACUCUGGAUUCUGGACUUCACCUGCAGAAAGCAAAUGUGGCUCUGGAUCCAGACACAGCCCAUCUCGCACUCAUCCUGUCUGCGGAUCGAAAAAGUGUGAGAAGAGGUCAAUAUGAUAAAUCUCGGUGGAAGGAUCCUGAGAGAUUCGAGAGUUCUCCUGCUGUGUUGGGCUGUGAGGGAUUCACAGGAGGCCGCCAUUUCUGGGAAGUCCUUGUGGGAAGCAAGGGAGGAUGGUAUGUGGGGGUUGCCAGAAAGUCUGUGAGGAAGGGAUUGCCUACCUUCAGUCCCGAGGAAGGUGUCUGGGCUGUGGGGAAGAGGGAGCCCAACUCCCCGGCUUUCAUAAAAGACCAUGACCCUCCCCUGUCCCUGAGUGGGGAGCUCAAGAGGAUCCGAGUCUGUCUGAACUAUGCCGAGCAACGAGUGGCCUUUUUCGAUGCUGACCGAGGAGCCCUCAUCCACGAAUACUCUGGAACCUCCUUCUCUGGAGAGACCCUCCUGCCCUUCUUUUUGGUGCAUGGAGAAGGCCUCCUCAAACUCUGUUAAGACCUUCCCUUCGCACCAGGAGCAUCAAGAAGAAAAUAUUGUUUCACAAAAGUUCCCUCCUUUCGCCCUGUAAAGGCCUCUCCAGACGCCCAAACUGAUGGGUGUAAAAUGGAGAUAUUUUCCCUCUCCAUUCCCCUUUUUUUCUUUGUAUAUCUCUCUGAAACUAACAGUAACGUGUUUCACUUUAUAAAGAAUAACAGGCUGGUUGUCAAGGAGAGCUCUGAAUUGACACCCCCCCCGCCCCCCUUCCUCUGAGUCACAAGAACAACUAAAAAAGUCCUGCAGAGGAAAACGAGGCUCUGCAAAUGUAAGUUAGUAUUCUGGACUUUCUCUUUUUGUUGGUUUAUGGGGCACCACCUGUUAGGAUUUGCCUCUUUUCAGCAUUGCCUUUUCUGAAAGGCUCUGAAGAUCCUUCCCUGUUGAGGUUGCUACAUUCAUCGCGGUUGUGUUUCAGAUACCAGUACCUGCAAAGAUGUUAUGCUUAUAAUAAAGUUGUGUUACCUUGAAA